AUGAAGAGGAAGGAGGAGCGUCUGGAGAAGGACAUGGCAGAGGGGGCCAAGGCACGUCUGAAGGUCGCAGAUAAGGAGAUGAAAGACCUGAAGUGGGAACACGAAGUGCUGGAACAGAGGUUUAGUAAGGUCCAGGUGGAGCGUGAUGACCUCUAUAAGAAGUUCACCCAGGCCAUCCAGGAGGUGCAGCAGAAGAGUGGCUUUAUGAACCUCCUGUUGGAGAGGAAACUGGGGGCUCUGACCAACACCCUGGAGAAGAAGGAGGCUCAGCUCAGCAACCUCGUCGUGGUCACACGCAAACUGGAGGGGAAACAGCUCCAGUUACCAACUCCUUCUCCAGCUUGGUUUCCUUUGUCAGAAGAGAGCUUCUUUUUAUGUCCUGUGUUGAUUUUUGUGGCGGUCAGUGAAACGUUUGUGGAUAUUAUUUUGUAG